ACAGACCCAGCCCGCGGAGCUGACCACUGGUGCCUGGGAAGCCAGCUAGCUGCCUCUCCUGCCUUGGGCCACUGGCAUGCUUGUGCCUUGCCCAGCUGGGGACUCACAGCUGUCCAAGUUGCAGACGUUCUGACUUGCAUUUUCAGCCGAGAAUGCAGGCUGAUAAAUACAGGACAAGUAGUAGAAGUGCCAAAAAGGAGAUGGUGAUCGAGUCCCCCCUGCAACACAAGGAUGCCCCUCAGGGAGAAGUGGAAGCAGAGAGCCCGGGGCCAGUGCUGGCCAAGCCAAAGCUGAUUGAGCCCCUUGACUAUGAAAAUGUCAUCGUCCAGAAGAAGACACAGAUCCUGAAUGAUUGUUUAAGGGAGAUGCUGCUCUUCCCUUAUGAUGACUUUCAGACUGCCAUCCUGAGACGCCAGGGCCGCUACAGAGGCUCCACGGUUCCUGCUCACGCACAGGAGGAAGCACAGAGCUUAUUUGUCACAGAGGUAAUGUGUUUCUUCGACAUUCAUGUACGUUAUUGUAGUCCUUUUUUCCUAAGGCUGGCCUCCCCCACCCCCUUAUCUUUAAAUUCUAAUGAUGUUUUCAAGACAGUGUCAGGGAACAAAGGGGCCAAGUUGGAUAAACUUCCAGUUCAUGUCUAUGAAGUUGAUGAGGAGGUUGACAAAGACGAGAACAACAAAGUCAGGCGUUUUGCUUUUGAGCUCAAGAUGCAGGACAAAAGUAGUUAUCUUUUGGCAGCAGACAGCGAAGUGGAAAUGGAAGAAUGGAUCACAAUUCUAAACAAGAUUCUCCAGCUCAACUUCGAAGCUGCGAUGCAAGAAAGGCGAAACGGAGACUCUCAUGAAGAUGACGAACAAAGCAAAUUGGAAGGUUCUGGUUCCGGUCUAGAUAGCUACCUGCCUGAACUUGUCAAGAGUACCCGAGAAGCAGAAAUCAAACUGAAAAGUGAAAGCAGAGUUAAACUUUUUCACUUGGACCCGGAUGCCCAGAAGCUUGAUUUACCGUCAGCUGAGCCAGAAGUGAAGCCAUUUGAAGAGAAGUUUGGAAAAAGAAUUCUUGUCAAGUGCAAUGAUCUGUCUUUCAAUUUGCAAUGCUGUGUUGCCGAAAAUGAAGAAGGACCCACUACAAAUGUAGAGCCUUUCUUUGUUACUCUGUCCCUGUUCGACAUAAAGUGCAACCGGAAGAUUUCUGCCGAUUUCCACGUGGACCUGAACCAUUUCUCGGUGCGGCAGAUGCUGGCCGCCCCAUCCUCGGCUCUGAUGAACGGCAGCGGGCAGAGCUCUCCCACCCUCCCGGACAUCCUCCAUGACGCCGCCAUGCAGUAUCCGAAGCAGGGAAUAUUUUCAGUCACGUGUCCUCAUCCAGAUAUAUUUCUCGUGGCUAGAAUCGAAAAGGUCCUCCAGGGGAGCAUCACGCACGGCGCGGAGCCGUACAUGAAAAGUUCAGACUCUUCCAAGGUUGCUCAGAAGGUGCUGAAGAAUGCCAAGCAGGCAUGCCAAAGGCUCGGACAGUACAGGAUGCCAUUUGCUUGGGCAGCAAGGACGUUGUUUAGGGAUACAUCUGGAAACCUUGACAAGAAUGCCAGAUUCUCUGCUCUCUACAAGCAAGACAGCAAUAAGCUCUCCAAUGACGACAUGCUCAAGUUCCUGGCGGACUUUCGGAAACCUGAGAAGAUGGCUAAGCUCCCAGUGAUACUGGGCAAUCUAGACAUUACAAUCGAUAAUGUUUCCUCAGACUUUCCCAAUUAUGUCAAUUCAUCAUACAUUCCCACAAAGCAAUUUGAAACCUGUACUAAAACUCCAAUCAUGUUUGAAGUAGAGGAAUUUGUGCCCUGCCUAGCAAAAUAUACUCAGCCGUACACCACCUACAAUAACCACCUUUAUGUUUAUCCCAAGUACUUGAAAUAUGACAGUCAGAAGUCUUUUGCCAAGGCCAGAAAUAUUGCUGUUUGCAUUGAAUUCAAAGAUUCCGACGAAGAAGACUCUCAGCCUUUGAAGUGCAUUUACGGCAGGCCUGGUGGGCCCGUGUUCACAAGAAGCGCCUUUGCUGCAGUUUUACACCAUCAUCAAAACCCAGAAUUUUAUGAUGAGAUUAAAAUAGAAUUGCCCACCCAGCUACAUGAAAAGCACCACUUGUUGUUCACGUUUUUCCAUGUCAGCUGUGAUAAUUCAAACAAAGGAAGCACGAAGAAGAAGGAUGUUGUUGAAACACAAGUUGGAUAUUCCUGGCUUCCUCUUCUGAAAGAUGGAAGGGUGGUGACCAAUGAGCAGCAUGUUCCUGUCUCAGCCAAUCUCCCAUCUGGCUACCUUGGCUACCAGGAGCUUGGGAUGGGCAGGCACUGUGGUCCAGAAAUUAAAUGGGUCGAUGGAAGCAAGCCACUGCUGAAAGUUUCAACUCAUCUGGUUUCUACGGUGUAUACUCAGGAUCAGCAUUUGCAUAAUUUUUUCCAGUACUGUCAGAAAACUGAAUCUGGAGCCCAAGCCCUAGGGAAUGAACUUGUGAAGUACCUUAAGAGCCUGCACGCAAUGGAAGGCCACGUGAUGAUCGCCUUCUUGCCCACCAUCCUAAACCAGCUGUUCCGUGUCCUCACCAGAGCAACUCAUGAGGAAGUCGCCGUCAACGUGACACGGGUCAUUAUUCAUGUGGUUGCCCAGUGCCAUGAGGAAGAAUUGGAGAGCCACUUGAGGUCAUAUGUUAAGUACGCGUACAAGGCUGAGCCGUAUAUCGCCGCCGAAUAUAAGACAGUGCAUGAAGAACUGGCCAAGUCCAUGACUGCAAUUCUCAAGCCUUCUGCCGAUUUUCUCACCAGCAACAAACUACUUAAGUACUCAUGGUUUUUCUUCGAUGUUUUGAUAAAAUCCAUGGCUCAACACUUGAUAGAGAACUCCAAGGUUAAGGUAUUGCGAAACCAGAGAUUUCCUGCAUCCUAUCAUCAUGCAGUGGAAACAGUUGUGAAUAUGCUGAUGCCACACAUCACUCAGAAAUUUCGAGACAACCCAGAGGCAUCUAAGAAUGCGAAUCAUAGCCUUGCGGUCUUCAUCAAGAGAUGUUUCACCUUCAUGGACCGGGGCUUCGUCUUCAAGCAGAUCAACAACUACACCAGCUGCUUUGCUCCCGGAGACCCGAAGACCCUCUUUGAAUACAAGUUUGAAUUUCUCCGUGUGGUGUGCAAUCAUGAACACUAUAUCCCAUUGAAUUUACCAAUGCCCUUUGGAAAAGGCAGGAUUCAAAGAUACCAAGAUCUCCAGCUCGACUACUCUUUAACCGAUGAGUUCUGCAGAAACCACUUCUUGGUGGGCCUGUUACUGAGGGAGGUGGGGACCGCCCUCCAGGAGUUCCGGGAGGUCCGGCUGAUCGCCAUCAGCGUGCUCAAGAACCUGCUGAUCAAGCAUUCGUUUGACGACAGAUACGCUUCCAGGAGCCACCAAGCACGGAUAGCCACGCUCUACCUGCCUCUGUUUGGUCUGCUGAUUGAAAAUGUCCAGCGGAUCAACGUGAGAGAGGUGUCGCCCUUCCCCGUGAACCCCGGCAGUACUGCGAAAGAGGAGACACUCACCUUGCCCGCUGUGAACCCGUUGGUGACUCCGCAGAAGUCUGGAAACACCUUGGACAGCAACCUGCACAAAGACCUCUUUGGCGCCAUCUCUGGCAUCGCUUCUCCAUAUACAACUUCGACUCCAAACAUCAACAGUGUGAAAAAUGCUGAUUCGAGAGGAUCCCUCAUUAGCACCGAUUCAGGGAACAGCUUUCCAGAAAGGAAUAUUGAGAAGAGCAAUUCCCUGGAUAAGCACCAACAGAGUGGCACUUUGGGGAACACCAUGGUUCGCUGUGACAAACUGGACCAGUCUGAGAUUAAGAGCCUACUGAUGUGUUUCCUCUACAUCUUGAAAAGCAUGUCUGAUGAUGCUUUGUUUACGUAUUGGAACAAGGCUUCAACAUCUGAACUGAUGGACUUUUUCACAAUAUCUGAGGUCUGCUUGCACCAGUUCCAGUACAUGGGGAAGCGAUACAUAGCCAGAACAGGAAUGAUGCAUGCCAGAUUGCAGCAGCUGGGCAGCCUGGAUAACUCUCUCACUUUUAACCACAGCUACUGCCACUCGGACGCAGACGUGCUUCACCAGUCGUUACUUGAAGCCAACAUCGCCACGGAGGUGUGCCUCACGACUCUGGACACGCUCUCUCUGUUCACGCUGGCGUUUAAGAACCAGCUCCUGGCUGACCAUGGACACAAUCCUCUCAUGAAAAAAGUUUUUGAUGUCUACCUGUGCUUUCUUCAAAAACAUCAGUCUGAGACGGCUUUGAAAAACGUCUUCACUGCCUUGAGGUCGUUAAUUUAUAAGUUUCCCUCGACGUUCUACGAAGGGAGAGCUGACAUGUGUGCCGCCCUGUGCUACGAGAUCCUGAAGUUCUGCAACUCCAAGCUGAGCUCCAUCAGAACCGAGGCCUCCCAGCUGCUCUACUUCCUGAUGAGGAACAACUUUGACUACACUGGGAAGAAGUCCUUUGUCCGGACGCAUUUGCAGGUCAUUAUUUCCGUCAGCCAGCUGAUAGCAGAUGUUGUGGGGAUCGGGGGAACCAGAUUCCAGCAGUCCUUGUCUAUCAUCAACAACUGUGCCAACAGCGACAGGCUCAUCAAGCACACCACCUUCUCUUCGGACGUGAAGGACUUGACCAAAAGGAUACGCACGGUCCUGAUGGCCACGGCCCAGAUGAAGGAGCACGAGAACGACCCUGAGAUGCUGGUGGACCUCCAGUACAGUCUGGCCAAGUCCUACGCCAGCACCCCGGAGCUCCGGAAGACGUGGCUGGACAGCAUGGCCAGGAUCCACGUCAAAAACGGGGAUCUCUCUGAGGCGGCCAUGUGCUAUGUCCAUGUCACAGCCCUGGUGGCAGAAUAUCUCACACGGAAAGAAGCAGACAUAGUCCGACGGGAGCCAACCCUCUCCCCCCACAGCUACAGCACCUGCCAGAGGAGGCGCCAGGGAGGCAUGUUUAGACAGGGAUGCACAGCCUUCAGGGUGAUCACCCCAAACAUAGAGGAGGAGGCCUCCAUGAUGGAAGACGUUGGCAUGCAGGAUGUCCACUUCAACGAGGAUGUGCUCAUGGAGCUCCUUGAGCAGUGUGCCGAUGGACUCUGGAAGGCCGAACGCUACGAGCUGAUUGCUGACAUCUAUAAACUCAUCAUCCCCAUUUAUGAGAAGCGGAGAGAUUUUGAGAGGUUAGCCCAUCUGUACGAUACUCUCCACCGGGCCUACAGCAAGGUGACCGAGGUCAUGCACUCGGGCCGCAGGCUCCUGGGCACCUACUUCCGAGUGGCCUUCUUCGGGCAGGCAGCGCAAUACCAGUUUACAGACAGUGAAACAGAUGUGGAGGGAUUCUUUGAAGAUGAAGACGGGAAGGAGUAUAUUUACAAAGAACCCAAACUCACACCUCUAUCCGAAAUUUCUCAGAGACUCCUUAAACUUUACUCAGAUAAAUUUGGUUCUGAAAAUGUCAGAAUGAUACAGGAUUCUGGAAAGGUCAACCCCAAGGACCUGGAUUCCAAGUAUGCGUAUAUCCAGGUGACUCACGUCACCCCAUUCUUUGAUGAAAAAGAAUUGCAAGAAAGGAAAACGGAGUUUGAAAGGUCUCAUAACAUUCGCCGCUUCAUGUUUGAGAUGCCCUUCACGCAGGCUGGGAAGAGGCAGGGCGGGGUCGAGGAGCAGUGCAAACGGCGCACCAUAUUGACAGCGAUACACUGCUUCCCGUACGUGAAGAAGCGCAUCCCCGUCAUGUACCAGCACCACACCGACCUGAACCCCAUCGAGGUGGCCAUUGACGAGAUGAGUAAGAAGGUGGCUGAGCUGCGGCAGCUGUGCUCCUCGGCGGACGUGGACAUGAUCAAACUCCAGCUGAAACUCCAGGGCAGCGUGAGUGUUCAGGUCAAUGCUGGUCCACUGGCAUAUGCCCGAGCUUUCUUAGAUGACACAAACACAAAGAGAUAUCCGGACAAUAAAGUGAAGUUGCUUAAAGAAGUUUUCAGGCAAUUUGUGGAAGCUUGCGGUCAAGCCUUAGUGGUAAAUGAACGUCUGAUUAAGGAAGACCAGCUAGAGUAUCAGGAAGAAAUGAAAGCCAACUACAGGGAAAUGGCAAAAGAGCUUUCUGAAAUCAUGCAUGAGCAGAUCUGCCCCCUGGAGGAGAAGACGAGCGUUUUGCCGAACUCCCUUCACAUCUUCAAUGCCAUCAGCGGGACUCCAACAAGCACAAUGGUUCACGGGAUGACCAGCUCAUCCUCAGUUCUGUGAUCCGCCUCGUGGACCGCGUGUGGGGACCUGCUUUGUCAUUUGCAAACUCAGGAUGAUUUCCAAAGCUAAUCACUGGGCUCGUGCAGGACACGGGGAGACCGAGCACAAGGAGAAAUCAGGGGAAUGGGAGAGGGAGGAAACAGAGAACUGUUCUUUCAUAGCAGAUUUUCUAGAGGAGUCAGGAGAAGGCACAUAUUUUUUUUAAGUCUCUCUGGCAAUCUUCCAAGUUUUCAUGAUGUCUUAACAGAGGCGUGUGGUGGACCCUCAUACACUGAAGCUAGAUUUUAUUCUUCCUUACAAAGUAGUAUUAAGAUAAAUGGCCUAGAGAAAACGAGUGUUCUGGAAUGAACAUAGCAGGGACAUAGCACUGAAAUUGAGGCUGGGGUAGCCCUUUGCCUCUAGGCUGAGCUGGGAAAUCUUGAAAAUAUUUUUUCCUGUGGCACAUUCAGGUUGAAUACAAGAACUAUUUUUGUGACUAGUUUUUGAUGACUUGAGGGAUCUGACCGCUGUAAUUUUUGUACCAGUGUACCAGGAGGUUUAGUGCUUUUAUACUUACUUGCGUCUAAAAAAAAACAGAAAUGCUUAAGAAACUAUGUGAGCUUCAAACUAGUCAAGCAGUUUAGAACCAAAGGCCUCUAUUAAUAAACCCAACUAUGCUAAAAAGUUUAAAGUAAUGCAGUGUAUUGUCAUGUACAUAAAGUUUGUUAAUACAGUCUCGGCGUUCUGUACAUACGUGAGUUACGUUUCUACAUUUUUAAUACUUCUCACAUGAGCUUCUGCAUUAAAUUUAAUUGUGACAGAUUUGUGCUGUUCUUAGUAUAUGCAAGACACUUGACUUUACUGUUUUAUUCUUGUACAUAAAAAAGUGCAAUAUGGAGAUGUACACAGUCUUUGCUAUGUUAGGUUUUUAAACUGUUUUUGAAAAGUUCAUCCUUUUGCCAAAGUGGUGGAGUAUGUCAUUGGUAAAUCAUAAAUCCUGUGGUGAACAAUGGUGUGGUUUAGAGCUUUCACCGUGUUAUAUUUUCUUUUGAGACAUUAAUUUAGUAAUUUUAUAUUGGAGGUAAUAAAGGGUUUCAAUUUUAUUUAACUGGAAUCUCUGCCCUGCUGUAAUUAAACAUUCUGUACCACAUCUGUAUUAAAAAUAUGCUGAUUUUCUGGUAGUGAA